UCAUGCAUAUACAACCUCGACUAUAGUCCGUGGUGUCCGUGGUCCCUGCUCCGUCGUGUCGGCUUCACCUCACUGGCCAACUCACUUGGGUGUUUAGAAAGUUUUUCUUCAUUUUUCGAGUUUUCAUAUCCACUAAACAAACAUUCCACUGUAAUAGAAACCAAUUAAUCCCAUCGAAUUGUCAACGACAAAUGAAAUUAUUUAAUAAUCGAAAAUUAUCACAGCCGUGUUUAAACCGUCCGUUAGAAAAAUUGUGUGAUUUGAAAUAGGCUUCGUUAAUAAACCGGUGAUGCUCUCUCCUAAAUAAUAAAUCUGUGCUGAAAGAUAUUUGAAAAGGUUUGACUAUUCGCAGAAGUUAUGCCAAAUAUACUGAAAAAAGAGAAGGAGUCAGGAAAGAACAAGGAGAAGGGAAAAAAUGGAAAGGAUGCAGACCAUGGAGAUGAGAAUAACAAAGUGGCGGGUGUUUCGCCGGGUGGGAGUACACCUCCACCCCCAACUCUCAUCAAUAAGAUCAAAUAUCAGCCUGGCGGGCCUGUCAUUAAAAAGGACAAGCGUCAAAGCAGCUCUAGGUUCAAUAUAUCAAAGAAUCGCGAAUUACAAAAAUUGGCAUCUUUAGCGGAGGCUCAACAGCCCAGCGAAAGGGAAGAACUCUUUAUACAAAAGCUUCGUCAGUGCUGUGUAUUGUUUGACUUUGAGUCUGAUCCGCUGUCUGAUUUAAAAUGGAAGGAAGUCAAGCGUGGUGCUUUAUUAGAGAUGGUAGAGUACGUCACAAAGAACAAAGGUGUUAUCACCGAAUCUAUUUACCCCGAAGCAGUAAAUAUGUUCGCUGUGAAUUUGUUUCGAACUCUACCACCAUCAUCAAAUCCCAACGGUGCUGAAUUUGAUCCUGAGGAAGAUGAACCUACUUUGGAGGCAGCUUGGCCCCACCUACAACUCGUUUAUGAAUUUUUUCUUCGUUUACUUGAGUCUCAAGACUUUCAACCAACCAUUGCUAAGCGCUAUAUCGAUCACAAAUUUGUUUUACAAUUAUUAGAGCUAUUCGAUUCUGAAGAUCCACGGGAGAGAGAUUUUUUGAAGACAACUUUACACCGAAUUUAUGGAAAAUUUUUGGGCCUCAGGGCAUACAUCAGAAAACAAAUAAAUAAUGUAUUUUAUCGAUUUAUUUAUGAAACUGAGCAUCAUAAUGGCAUUGCAGAGCUCUUGGAGAUUCUCGGAAGUAUUAUCAAUGGAUUUGCCCUGCCUCUCAAGGAAGAACACAAAAUAUUUUUACUCAAAGUACUAUUACCGCUUCACAAAGCCAAGUCGCUGUCUGUAUAUCACCCACAACUUGCGUAUUGCGUUGUGCAAUUUCUGGAAAAAGAUCCAAAUUUAACAGAGCCAGUUAUUAAGAAUCUAUUAAAAUAUUGGCCGAAAACACAUUCACCUAAGGAGGUAAUGUUCUUGAAUGAAUUGGAAGAGAUACUCGAUGUUAUUGAACCAGCAGAAUUUCAAAAAGUUAUGGAUCCACUUUUUAGACAAUUGGCCAAGUGUGUAUCAUCACCUCAUUUCCAGGUGGCUGAGAGAACUUUAUAUUAUUGGAACAAUGAAUACAUAAUGUCUUUGAUAUCCGACAAUUACUCUUUCAUCCUGCCCAUAAUGUACCCUGCAUUAUACAAAAAUUCACGCAAUCACUGGAACAAAACAAUUCAUGGAUUGAUAUAUAAUGCAUUGAAACGCCUUAUGGAGAUGAAUCAAAAGGUUUUCGAUGAAUGCACACAACAGUACACACAGGACCGACAGAAGGAGAAGCGUAUGACGAAGAAUCGAGAUGAUGCAUGGAGUAGAGUUGAACUACUCGCCAUGAGACAUCCCAAUUACAAUACAUUGAUUCAGAAUUCACGGAAUACUGAAAAUCACCAAUUUCAACAUUUGGAUAGCCCACCGUUGGACGAUGACACUGAUAAUGAUGCUAUUCCCUUGACUCUGGAAAAAAUAGAAGCAAAAGCCAAUGAGGCUAAGAAAAUGACAAAUACCAACAAAGUCAAGCCUCUCUUACGGAGGAAGAGUGAAUUACCACAAGAUUCCUACACGAUGCGUGCAUUAUCAGAUCAUAAGCGUGCAGAUGAGUAUCUCGUAACACCACCGGAUCCCAAUAAUUGCUAGUCCCUGCCAAAUUCCCAUUUCAACAAUCCUCUCUUUUAUAACAACAAUUCCAGGGUUUAAUGAUUGUAUUCUGUCUCUCUAAGAUGCAAAUGCGAUGCCUUUAGAGCCCAGUAUAGUUCACAUUGAAAAAAUUUAUGAAUUAUUUAUUCCCUUGACAUGAAAAAAACAAUUGAUCAUUUUCCAUAGUAAAUUGUGUAUAUAGACUGUCUGCUUGUUGUCCGCGAUAUAUAGUGUGUUUGGCGAGAUUAAAUAUUGAGAAGGAAAGACACGGUCUCCUUUCCAAACCAAUGGAUAAACUGGGGUUCUCACUUUUUUUUUUCUCAUUAUUCUUCUUCUAUUCCGGAGAAACAGUAAAUUACAUUAAAGAUGAAAUGAGAGAAACAAAAAUAUUGCUGGCUUACAACGUUGUGAGCUUCGAUGUUAAAUUCUGAAUCAUGGCUACUAGAGUUUAGAGUCAGAGUAAAUACCUAGUUGAUGAAAUGUGAAAAUAAUCAAGGCAAUGUUAUUCCGUAGAAUGGUGUGACACACUAAUUCCUCACAAAGCAAAAUCAACUGCCUCCAGCAUACAUUGAUAUUUGUAAUGCGUGAAUUUUUCUAGCCCAGUACUAUCAAUAUUGAAUAUUUCAAAGGAAAAUAAUAUUUGAAAAAUAAUAAAAUAUCCAAGAGGAAUCCAUCUAUCGUCGUUCACAAUUACGUUCCAUUGAAUUCAUUCUGUUGAAUAUCGCACCAUCCAUUCACAUGAAAUAAUUUCAUUUACCGAAAUUAUUAUCCUAUUAUUAAAAACUGCGACUACUGCAAGAUUAAAGUUGUAAAUAACGGAGGUGAAUUGCUUAACAAUUAAAAGUCAUUUGAUCAUUAGAAUUACAUUCAUUUUUUUUUCAUCGUUGAAACAAAUAAUAAUAUCGUGUAACCCUUUACGCUGCUGGCAAGCUGUUAUGUUACUAUUGAUAACGAAUAGAGACCUUGUUGACAAAAAGGUAAUCGUAAGCAUGCUGAUAGAUUGAUGAUAGAUUUGUGUAAAUCGGCAGUUGUUUAGGUGAGCAAAUGAAAAUAAUUAUACAAUCUUGAUUUGCAUAAUCACAAUAUUCCUCUUGAGCAUUGAUUUUUGGUAGUUAAAUUAUCAUUGGAAAUUGUAAUUAUUUAAUAAAAAAUAAAACGAAGAAAACAACAAGAGAAAAACAUUAAUAUCGACAAAAGAUGAUUGACAGUUGAGAUUUUUCAGAGGUUAAUAGCUAAUUACGGUGAAAUGUAUAGCAUUGAAUGAAAAGGGCUGUUGACGCACUCAACAUUUUCCACCAGGUAUUUUAAUGAAUCAUCUUACUUUCUCAUGGGAGAAAAUGGGGGCUAAGAAAGAGAUAUAUAUUUCUCAUUUCAGUGAAUAUUGCUUGUGGACGAGAAUGCUUUAUAAUGCAGAAAGAGUUGAAAAGCCUGUAGACGGAAAUUGGGAGAGACUAUAUUCGAGGUAUAUUUCUAAGGCUGUUCAUUAUUUAAAAAAAGAAUAACAACAAUAAAUUGAUAGAUUAUCAAUGCUGAAUAAAAUUGA